AUGAGUUAAGAUAUAAAUUUAGAUUUCUUAAAUAGUGAUUUUCAUAAAAGCGCCAAAAAUAUAUUUUAAAAGUUUUAUAAGAAUGAAUAUAAAAUGGAAGAUGUGCUAUUUCCUAAAUCUGAAAUGGUACUAGAAGGUGAUGAAUUUUUCAAAAAAAUAUGGUAUGAAAUAGAUUAAGCUAAGACCUAUGUGUGGAUGCUAACAUAUGCAUUUAAUAACUCUGAAACAGCUAAUACUACUUUCUUAAAAAUGAUUGAAGCUUGUAAAAGAGGAUGUAACGUUGUCUUAUUUGUUGAUGAUUUAUAAAAUCACGUUAAUAAAUAAUUACUCUCUGAGUUUGAAAAGUAUGGAGGUCUAUUUAAAAGUUUGAAUCCUACUUAUAGACAUAUGUAUAAAAAUAUUCCUAGUUAAGAAUUUUUCCGUCGUCACCAUGAGAAAAUCUUGGUUAUUGAUAAUUAUGCUUGCAUUGGUAGUGCUAAUAUUGAGGAUUGUUAUGGAGGAUAUAAAUACGGUACUCAUGAAUUUUAUGACAUUAAUUACAUGUCUAAGAAUAUGAAUCUUAGUAGAUUUAGAAAUCACAUUAGCCAAACAGCUGAUUUAUAUGGAUUAUAAUUAAACAAAUAUAAUUAAUCGAAUAUUGAAACAUGUUAGAUAUUAGAAAAACUUUAUCCUGAUAGUGACUAUGUUGAUUUCUAAACUCUGGUCAGAAAGAAUCAUCAGCCUAAUGUUAAAGAUUGUUAAAAUGAAGUUAUCAAAUAAAUAAAUUCAGCUCAAGAUAAUAUAGUGAUGAUUCAGCCUUAUUAUUAUCCCAUGAAAGAAUUCGAUGAUAUUCUUAUUAAGGCUUUAAAGAGAGGAGUUAAAGUAGAGCUAAUCACAUCAUAAAAUAGAGAUUAGCCAGCAUAUGCAAAACUUAGUAAUAAAAAUUUAAUGAAAAAUCUAAUAGAGCAUGGCUGCAAAGUAUAUGAAAUUACAGAUAGAUUAUUACACAUGAAGACAUACAUGGUAGAUAACAAGCAUUUCACAGUCGGAUCAUUUAAUAAUGAUAGGUGGAGUUGGAGAGUCAACAAUGAAAUGAAUUUGUUCAUUUUUAAUAGCGAAAAAGAAUCUCAAAAGAUGCAAUAAAUUAUAGAUCACGUAAAAGCAGAAAGCGUAGAAUUAGAAAAGAGCAAGAAGAUUCCAGGAAUAGUUAGAUAAUUUAAGAGUAAGUUUUGGGAGCUGUUUUUGUAUUUAAGUGAAACAAUAAUGAGUAAAAACAAAAGAUUAGGAGAUGGUCCUAAAUACAAUUUAUAUGAUUACAGAAGUUUUCCAGAUAUAAAUAUAGAUUAUUGGUAGUCGUUCCGUAAUCCAGACUUUAAAACAAAUAACCCUUUCAGAAAAUAUUAUAAGCCAUUUGAUGAAGAUUCAAAUAGCAUUUGA